AUGUCUGAACAGGAAGAAUUUCAUGCUCAGGAUGUUCCUGAUGGAGCAGAAGAAAGUGAUAAUGCUCAUGAGACUAUCAAUAUUCCAGUUACGUCAGAAGAGCUUCCAGAGUCAGAUCAAACUGAAGACAAUGAACUGGAACUAGAACCAUCUGGUGGUGGCCAGGAAACACACAUUAAGGAGGAGAAUGACCAGAGUUCUUCAAGCCUCAAGUCAGACGAUGAAGAACCACUUAUGGAAGAGGUUAUGUCACCAGAACAAGUUUCAGAUUCUGCAAGACGUUAUGAAAAGGACUAUCUAACUGAAUUUGAUGAUGCAGCACGGUCAGCCAAACGGUAUUCAACUGAUUAUCUGACAUUUCUGGAUAAAAUAAAGGCUGUAAAGGAAUCUCUAAAAACAUCAAUGAUAGAUUCUUCAGUAACAGUAAAGGUUGUACUUCUUCCUGUGGGCCAGGAAAUUAUAAUGCCUUUUAAAAUUGACAGCAAUUUUAAAUACCUCAGGGAUCAUUUUUCUUACUUAGUAAAUGUGCCAUCUGAUGUACUGCAGCUAAGAUGUGCAGGAAAGAUUCUUAAAAAUAAUGAGACUCUACUACAACAUGGAGUUAAGCCACAGGAUACUGUACAAGUGGAAAUCUUUUCUACACUUCCAGAUUUAUAUCCAAUCAAAAGAAUAAAUAGGUCAAGUGAUGCCUCUCAAGUCCUAACUGUCAGAGUACAAACUGGCAUUGAUCAGUACCAACAGGUAGCUGUUGAGAUUGUAAAAUCUGAUUUUCACAAACCAUUUCUUGGUGGAUUCAGACAUAAAAUAACAGGAAUAGAAUAUCACAAUGCUGGAACACAAACUAUACCUAAAAAGAUUCCUGAAAAAUACAAUGUAUUUUGUAGGGAUACCCAGACAGUUUUUCAGAAAAAGAAACUUCAACAAACUAUAAAUACAACAUCCACACAGAUGACUAAAAUUGGUGUAUAUGUAUCAAAUAUAACUGAUAAGAUGGUAACUCCAGGAAAAUAUUUUUCAGCAGCAGAAUACGAUGCUCAAAGAUUAGCAGCGGUAAUAGUUUUACAGACUUACUAUAGACAAUGGCAUGCAAAAAACGUGGUAGAGAAUUUAAGAAGACAAAAAAUGUUAAGGUUAAAGUGGGAGGAACAGGAAGAACUAAGAAAGAGAAGAGAAAAAGAAGAAUGGAAGAAAUUGGACUAUUACCGGAGGCAUAAUCCUCAAACAAAAGACGAUUUUGAACUUCUGUAUAAUGCACUAAAUUUCUGGCAACAAGAAGAACUGGCACGAAUUAACCAGUCUUUCACUGGAGCUGAAAGGAAAGCUGCUUUGUGUGAACUUCUGGAGAAAGAAACCCAAAUUAUUGCUUCCAUUGGGAGACACAGAUCCAUUGCUUCUAUGGCAAAUCAGAAAGGAAUAAUACAGGCUUUUUUGAAUAAGUGUUCGGCUCCAAAUAUAUGGAGAAGGUUUGACGGCAAAAUAAUUGAGAUGGAUACACAGUUCACUAUCAGAGCCAGAGAGCUGCACAACAUCUAUAAAUGUAUUAUGCUGAAAAAUCUCUCUCAAGAUGAGAGGUUGGAUGUACUCUUAACACUUAAACAUACUGUGAAGGAACAUGAAUGUAAACUGACUCAGGAAAUUCUGGAAUUGAUUGACAGAGAGGUUGACCUUAUGAUGAGAGGAGUCAAACAAGAUAACCUUGAGGGACUCAGAAAAAGAAUUGCAACGUUGUUUUUUCAUUACAUCAAAACACCCCUGUUUAAUCCAGAAGUUGUAAGACACCUUAAGGUCCCUCAAGACCCACUUAAAUUUUAUAAGAAGAUAUACUUUUGCCACAGUUGCCAGCUCUAUUUGCCUUCUACGGAGUUUGCUGUAUCAUCCAUCUCACACCGCAUAUACCGGUGUCGGAACUGCAUUAGCCUUGAAAAUGAGUCUCGACAACGAGAAUCAUUCUUGAAGUACAAAAGUUUACUUCAGCGGCUCUACCAUUCAGAAGCUGAAUACGAAGAUGAUUCUAAAAUUGCUUUCCUGAUGCAGCUGCAAGAUAUUCAGUACCUGACUGAGAACAUCUGGGCGUCCCAGUCAGCACUCAGUGCCUGGAAUGACCUCAACGACCUGGCCAUGGUCAGGUGGGACAAGUCCCUGGAGUGGUCCCCCUGGAACUGCAUUCUUCUCACCAAAGAUGAAGGCGCUGCUCACCUCAAGCUAACAAGUGUUGAAGAGGGAUAUGAACCCUUAUUUAUUCACAAGAUCCAGCACAAGCAUAUCCUGGCUAAGAACUAUUUUUCUCAAAUUCCAGUCCUGGCUGCAUUUAUACUUGAUGAUGCUGACAUAGCUGAGAUCAGAAAGAAAUAUCACCCAGAAACAACACCUAAGAUUAUAGAAUCCCCAAGGCCUAAUGCUUAG